GUGAGGUUUACCCUCCUAGAGCCUUGCGAGUAGAGAUUUAAACUAAGGCCAGUGGAAGCAGUGGACAGGCUUCUCUGAGACGCUCUGCACUUACACCCAUUUCCUUCCUAAAUCUAAUUAUCCAUUCAAGCUGAUCAGAAUGCCACGCGGCGAUUUCAGUGUCCACUUUGCAAGCAGAGGACGGGGUGGUAAUGUUCGGGCUGAAGAAGCCGCAGGCAUAGCUCUUCUGGUGGUUAUUUUGGUGGCACUUCUUAUCUUGGGAUGCUGGUACUUCAGAAGGCGAAGUGGUUACAAAAUCAUACGGAGUCCCAGGAGCAAUGCACAGCCAUGGAGAACAACAUUGAGUACAGGCCAAUACAGUGAAGGCGGAGCUGCAGUUGAGAAUAAAGUACCAUUGAAUGACUUCAGUAAUCUGCAACCUGUGGUACCCAACGCCCCUCCAGCCUACGAGAGGAUAGUUUCAAGCCCGCCACCGCCACCUUAUUCACCUUGAUAUGGAGGCGUCACCUCAAAGACCUUAUUUUUAUUCUAAAUAAGUACAUUGAUGAUAAAAAAAAAAAAAUUGGUCACACUUUACUUGGAUAGUCCAUACACAGACUAUUUACAGAUGCUCUGAUGAUAAACAAACUUUUUCUAAACUACAAUUGAUGGUUAAGGUAGUGGGAGCUAGACCUGCCCUUACAUUUUACAUACUCAACUCAAAUCUUAAUCAUAAUUUUAAUCUAAAUCUUGAAUUGUAUUGGAUGUACCCUUUCUUGUAAAUGUAUAUUGCAUUAGUUUAGCAUCUUUCACAAAAUAUACAGAAAUUACGUUGGAAUACAAACACCUCUGCAACACCAUAA